AUGGUGGCGGCGAGGGAGGGCCAGGAGGGAGGGCAAGCGGACACCUCGCCACUGGCAGAUGUGCUGAGGAAGAAGUGCCUGGCUCCCCCUCGUCAUCAGCCUCGACAGCGCCUCCUCCUAGCUCAAGUGAGCGGCCAGACGGCAAGGAGGGGGAUGCCGAAGAGGGGGAGCCGGGCACUUUUCCCUCAGCGCAUCUGCUGUCUACAUAGACAUCAAAGGACUCACACUGGGGAGAAACCCUAUAACUGCCUGGAGUGUGGACAGAGCUUUGCUCGUAAUGGAAGUCUACAUUCACAUCAAAGAACUCACACUGGGGAGAAACCCUAUAACUGCCUGGAGUGUGGACAAGGCUUUGCUGAUAGUUCAGGCCUACGUUCACAUCAAAGGAUUCACACUGGGGAGAAACCCUUUAAAUGCCUGGAGUGUGGACAGAGCUUCACUCAGAGUUCAGGCCUACGUUCACAUCAAAGGAUUCACACUGGGGUGGAACCCUAUAAAUGCCUGGAGUGUAGACAGAGCUUCACGUAUAGUUCAGGUCUACGUAGACAUCAAAGGACUCACACUGGGGAGAAACCCUAUAAAUGCCUGGAGUGUGGACAGAGCUUCACGAAUAGUUCAAAUCUACAUUCACAUCAAAGGAUUCACACUGGGGAGAAACCCUAUACUUGCCUGGAGUGUGGACAGAGCUUCGCUCAGAAUUCAGGUCUUCAUGUACAUCAAAGGACUCACACUGGGGAGAAACCCUAUAAAUGCCUGGAGUGUGGACAGAGCUUCACGCAUAGUUCACAUCUACGUUCACAUCAUAGGAUUCACACUGGGGAGAAACCCUAUACUUGCCUGGAGUGUGGACAGAGCUUCACGAAUAGUUCAAAUCUACGUUCACAUCAAAGGAUUCACACUGGGGAGAAACCCUAUAACUGCCUGGAGUGUGGACAGAGCUUUGCUCGUAGUUCAGGACUAUGUUCACAUCAAAGGACUCACACUGGGGAGAAACCCUAUAAAUGCCUGGAGUGUGGAGAGAGCUUCACGCAUAGUUCACAUCUACGUAGACAUCAAAGGAUUCACACUGGGGAGAAACCCUAUACAUGCCUGGAGUGUGGACAGAGUUUCGCUCGUAGUUCAGGCCUACGUUCACAUGAAAUGACUCAUACUGGGGAGAAACCCUAUAAAUGCCAGGAGUGUGAACAGAGCUUCACUAAUAGUUCCACAGUAUCUUUGCGUGCUCAUUUUCCAAUACUUUUGCAGGACGAAGGGGAGGAGGACGCCAUGUCAGAACCCUGCUACUAGAGCCUGGAUGUGGCGCUGAGUUUCAGGGUCGCUGACAUUGUGAUUGUGAUUGUGAUAAGGCACCUGCAUCCCGGGAUCCUGAGAAGAAACGGCUGCUGGACUUGGCAGGGUUUUGUUGGGCGGGAAAUGUAUCUUCAAAUGAGGGGGGAGGGUAUAUAAAGGAAUGCUGGCCGACGCCUCCCAUGCUUGGCUUUUUCAUGUCGAUGUUUCCUGCAGUAAAGUUUCUGGUGACAACA